UGAGGAAAGUCGACCCUGAAGGCGAGGAGGACUAAUCUGAAGACUCACAAUGGCAAAUGGAGUAGCAGCGUGGCUCCCUUUCGCCCGGGCAGCAGCGAUAGGCUGGAUGCCUGUUGCCAACUGCCCCAUGCCUGUCGCACCAAGAGACAACAGCAAGAGACAGGAUGAGCUGAUAAUCCUCAAUGUCAGUGGCUGCCGUUUCCAGACUUGGAGGACCACUCUGGACCGCUACCCAGACACCCUGCUGGGCAGCACAGAGAAAGACUUCUUUUACAACGAGGAGAGCAAGGAGUAUUUCUUCGACCGCGACCCUGACGCCUUCAGGAGCAUCCUCAACUUCUACCGAACAGGUAAGCUGCACUACCCUCGUCAUGAGUGCAUCUCCGCCUAUGAUGAGGAGUUGACCUUCUUCGGGAUCAUCCCUGAGAUUAUCGGAGACUGCUGCUACGAAGAGUACAAGGACAGGAAGCGGGAAAAUUUGGAGCGCCUGCAGGAUGAUCAGGAGGAGAACAGGGACGUGAAACCACCCAACAUGACUUUCAGGGAGACCAUGUGGCGAGCUUUUGAGAACCCCCACACCUCCACAAUGGCCCUGGUCUUCUACUAUGUCACUGGUUUCUUCAUUGCCAUCUCUGUCAUCACAAACGUGGUGGAGACGGUUCCCUGUGGAACCACCGCCAACCAGAAGGACAUGCCAUGUGGCGAACGCUACACAGUGGCAUUUUUCUGCAUGGACACGGCCUGCGUCAUGAUCUUCACAGUGGAAUAUCUCUUGCGUUUGUUCGCCGCGCCUAGCCGCUACCGUUUCAUGCGCUCAGUGAUGAGCAUCAUUGACGUGGUAGCCAUCUUGCCGUACUACAUUGGCCUGGUGAUGACCAACAAUGAGGACGUGAGCGGCGCCUUUGUGACGCUACGAGUGUUUCGAGUGUUUCGAAUCUUCAAGUUCUCACGUCACUCGCAGGGCCUGAGGAUCCUGGGUUAUACGCUUAAGAGCUGCGCCUCUGAGCUCGGCUUCCUCCUCUUCUCACUCACCAUGGCCAUCAUCAUUUUCGCCACCGUCAUGUUCUACGCAGAGAAGGGCUCCAGCUCCAGCAAGUUCACCAGCAUCCCGGCCUCCUUCUGGUACACCAUUGUCACUAUGACGACACUGGGGUAUGGAGACAUGGUGCCAAAGACGAUAGCUGGGAAGAUCUUCGGCUCCAUCUGCUCGCUGAGCGGUGUGCUGGUGAUCGCUCUGCCCGUCCCUGUUAUCGUCUCCAACUUCAGUCGCAUCUACCACCAGAACCAGAGAGCAGACAAACGACGCGCUCAGAAGAAAGCCAGACUGGCCAGGAUAAGAAUAUCCAAGUCCGGCAGCGCCAACGCCUUCAUCCAUAACAAACGCAACGGACUGCUCAACGAACUGCUGGAGCUGACGGAUAAGGAAGAGGAGGAGCAGAAGCAGGCGAAGACCCCCUCCCUGAUUGAGAUCCAACACCACCACCUACUGCACUGUCUGGAGCAAACCACAUUGGAAGCAAGAAACAAAGCUCAUGAGUUUGUGGACGAGCAGAUGUAUGAGCAGAACUGUUUAGAGAUGGCUCUGCAGACAUACACGUCACGCAGCCCCUCCGUAUCCAGCGAUGGCAGUUCUUCAGGGACCUGCUGCGGCCGUAGAGUGAAGAGAAACAUGCCUCUGCCCAACACCAGCCUGCCCUCCGCCCACCCUGUACCAACACACCAGAGCCCCCUGCAGGAGCUAAGCGCACUCCACAUACAGUGUGGGGAUGUACCGUCACACACCAUCAGUCGUUCAACUCUCAACCUGAAAAAGGACAACAGCAGCAGGAUCAACUGCAAGGGAGGCGGUCGGAUCACCACGGCGAUCAUCAGCCUCCCCACACCUCCAGCUUUGACCCCUGACGGUGACGGUCUCCACGGGCCCCCUCAAAGGAGGCCGCCCCCACCUCCGGGUCUCCCUGCAACACCAAGCAUCCAGACCACAACAAGCUCCGCAGGGAUGAACAUCGUCAAAGUGUCUGCUCUGUGACUUCCUGUGUGAUGGAUGUAACUCAGCCCAGCAGGAGGAGAGAGGAGAGGAAAAGAAGAAGAAGAGGUCACACACUACCUUCAUGGCAGCACUCUGUCCGGUCUCACAGGGUCGACAGGAGGAGGGCUGAUCCCCUGAGGAGUCACCAGUUGUUGUGUAAGAGAAGACAGUUGAUGUUGAGGCAUUGCAGAGGAAGAGGACUGUAGAUAUGUGAACCAGGAAUCACACACUCGUCAUGUCUUGUUUGCACUGUAGAUAUGGACAGAAUCACUGCAUUUCUAAAAGUUGAUAACAGCCGUGAAGAUGAUUUACAGCCUGUACUGUACUGGGGAAGAGACUCAAAGACAAUGUGCAAACAGCAUAUCUCUUUUCAUAAUCAGCCAACUCUUUCCACACAACACAGUGUCACAGGAAGAUGAAAGUGAAGUCACAGUGAAAUAGUAAAAAAAGGACAUAUUGUCGACUUGAAAUGUGUUUAAAGUACAACGUGUGAGCUGAAGCAAAGUGUUGACUGUUUUUACUUGAAUUUGUUUGGUCUUGUUUGUGUUGUGUGUUGUUUGUUUCAAGUUUGAAAAAAAUAACUGUUCACAGUUUUCUAUACUGCAGCGUUUCAAAGGUCAUGGCACCCGACCGGAUGCUGCAAAUGUCUUAUUGGUAAAAUGUGAGUUUGAUGUGUUUGAAACCUAAGAGUGUAUUUUCUUGGAUAUUUGUGUCUGAUUAAUCAUGUCAAGAUUUAAACCAAUCUGUGAAUUUCAGUUUCCAGUGAUUGAUAUCACUCUUCCUUCAUGACUUUAUAGAUUUUUCAUUCUGAUGCGAGACAAAGCAGUGAUUUAUAAGCCUGAUCUUAUAUAUUUCUGCUUAAGGCACACAUCUUAAAGGUCACAUAUUGUGCAAAAUACACUUUACCAUGUUUUUCUAACUCUAGCAUGUGUCCCUAUCUGUCUACAAGCCGCCCAAUGAGAAAAGUCCAUCCUCUCUGUCUUUUGCCUGCUCUACUUUUCAAAAAAUGAGUGCUAAAACAGGCCAUUUGGAGAUUUUGACUUUGUGACAUCACAAAGGGCAGUAACCCCUCCCCCAGGUGGGUGACACUCCCACAGCUAGGUGUUUGUUCUGCCCUCUGAGU